AUGGCCGCCAACAACUAUUUCGGGUUCACACACGGUGGCACCCAAUACGCUACUGCUACUGGAUAUCAGCCUCCCCCACAAGCUGGAUAUGCCGUACCUCCGGCUACUUAUACAACUCCACGAGCUGCCGCUACUGCAUAUGAUGUAUACUCUGUACCAAAUAAGAGCGCACCGGGCGGCGCACGAAAACCGGUCGAAACUCGCGCAUGUCAGAGAGCGCUGCCGCAGCGUAUUCCGGCGCCGGCCAGGUCAACUCUGAAUACAGAGUGUUGUUUAUUAUCACACCAAUUUUAA